AUGGCCAACAAUGAACUGCCAAAAAUGAUGAGAGCCCACGUGCUAGAGCAAUACAACACGCCAUAUCAAGUCCGCGAGCUUCCAGUGCCAACCAUCGAGAAUCCAAACGAUAUUCUGAUCAGAGUAGACGCGGCUUCAUAUUGCCACACAGAUGCGGUCCUCGCCUCGGGGAAAAUGCGUCCGCCUCCACUGCCACAUAUAGGCUGCCACGAGUUUGCUGGGACUGUUGUCUGCCUCGCCACCCAGCCACCAGCGCAUGGCUUGAAGGUGGGCGACCGCGUGGCUGUCCCAGGUCGUGGAAACCAUGUUUGCGGGAGGUGCCUCGAGUGCCAGAAUCCUUCGGGCCCUAUGCCGGAUGAGCCUGGGUAUUCUAUUUACUGCCCAAAUGCUGGGGGUGGCCUCGGCGUAGGUAGUAAACCUGGGGGAUUCCGAGAAUACGCCAUUGUUGAUUCGAGACAAGUAGCCAUCAUCCCAGCCGGUAUGACAGCAGUGGAAGCAGCGCCACUGAUGUGUGCGGGGCUCACGAUCUUUGCAGCUCUCAUGAAAUGCGAGCUCAAGCCUGGACAGCGAAUAGGAAUCAUGGGAUGUGGAGGAGGACUUGGGCACUUGGGUCUGCAAUUUGCGACGAAAAUGGGGCUGAAGACGACCGGCGUCGACGUAGUAUCGCAGGCGCUUACACUUGCAAGGAGCUUGGAAACGGGAGCCGCGAUCAUCGACGCUUCAUCCAAGAGUCCGGAAGAGGUCAAGCAGGAAAUGGGCAAGGAAGAUGGAAGGGAGCAUCCGUCAGAAAUGGGCCUGGACGCUGUGAUAAUCUUGCCUGAGAGUCAAAAGUCAUUUGAUUAUGGAAUGCAGCUACUCAAGAAUGGCGGUCUCUUGGUGUUGGUCUCGUUUCCGCCAGAGGGCUUCCACGUCUCAGCAGAUGAUAUCGUCUUUCGUCGCACUCGCGUGGUUGGCAGCUUAAUCGGCUCGAACAAAGCUAUGAGAGAGAUGUUUGAGUUCUGUAUCAAGAACAACGUCAAAGCAAAGACGCGAACCUACCCCUUCUCGAAGCUUAAUCAGUUGGUGGAGGACUAUCAUUCUGGAUUUGGUGGCAAGCUAGUCCUGGACAUGACGAUAGAAGAAUGA